CGUGACGUCAUCAUGUCGUGGGAGUCCAUCGCCUCGAGAGAGUAUCUGGGAGGCACAGCUUCUCACCAGCUGUCAGCCACGGCACUCCUGUCCUCACCUGACGGCUCGCGGCAUCCUCUGGACUUGUAUGAGUUCACAGAGGAAGACUUCACGCCCCGCCGCGCUGGCCCAGGACUCUGGGAGUGUCUGGUGGGCUGCCGACACAGGAUGGACCAACAGCUGGCACGACGCCGGGUAGAGCAAGGCCUACGGCUCUACAACCAGCACAAGCAACAAGCCGCAGUUACAAAAUGGAGAAGUGCCCUGAAAAGGAUCAGGAAACCAGGAGACAAGUUUAUCUUACUAGGAUACCUAUACCAGGCGUACAUGGACUGGGGCAAGUACAGAGAGAGCAUGGAGUUUGCGCACCGCCAGCUGAACAUAGCGGAAGAAGCGGACAGCCCGAACUUGAGGGCUGAAGCCUACUUGAACCUCGCCAGGACCCACGAAAGGAUGGGAGCCUUAGAACGUGCGCUGGCUUGUGCGAGGCAUUCCUUGUAUAACGAGUGUGAUCAGUGCAGGACCGCGGGCCUUGUACAGAUCACCGUGGGCAGUGUACACCUCGAGCUUGCGACUUUCUGCAAGGCGCUCCAAGCCUUCCAACAGGCCCAUACCAUCGCCCAGAGAAUACAAGACCCGGCCCUUGAGCUUCAGGUGUACGUCGGACUGUCCGAGCUAUUUGGACGCUUGCAGGAUGCUGAUAAGAGCGCCCGCUACGCCUCCAAGGCAUACGACCUGUCUAGAAACCUCCAGCUAGGAGAUCUGAACAGCCGUCACCACCGUGCUGCUCUGCUGCAAAUGGCGAGCGCCCUGAGGAAACAAGGGGAGUUGGGGGAUGCCCAUGACUACUGCAGUGAAGCGACGAGAUUAGCGCUAGUAUCUGGGGAUCAGUCGACUUAUGCGAGAAGCAUACGCAUCAUGGGCGAUAUCUACAGGAAAAAGUCGGAAAUAAGUAACGCGUACAGACAGUACGAGAGUGCUAUGAGUUCAGCCUGUGCUAUGGGUGACCGUCUUUGUCAGAUGGAGGCGAUGGACGGAGCGGCGAGGUGUCUGGAGGCCCUCAGGCUCCAACAGAAGAUCUGUAACUGUCGCCCACUGGAGUUUAACACGAGGUUGCUGGAAGUGGCGAUAGCCAUCGGUGCCAAGUUACUUAUCAGGACGGUUCGGGUGAGGUUAUGCCGCAUCUACCAGAGCCUAGGAGACGAAGAGAGGCAGGAUGAGCACGCCAGGGCUGUCCACAGUCUUGAGGAGGAGUUGGAGCUUCAGUGUGGAGCUUGCAGCCUUCCUCUGGGUUUCGAAGCUGACAGCCUUGAGGCUCUUCCUUGUGCUCACAUUCUACAUGCCAGAUGUGCCCACGAUAUUUUAAGGCGAAGAGAUAAGAAGAAGAAGAAAGUGUGUCCGGACUGCGAGCGUACCGUGAGUUCCAGACUGUACUUGCAGUGUGAGGAUCCUCACCAUUCGACUUUCAGUCUAGGCAACCUCUCGAUGCAAGCGUCCUCGGCAGUCUAACAGCCGGCCUCGCUCCCGCGCUUCGGUCCUCGGCCGCGACCUCGGGUUCCAACCACCCUGUCGCUGGACCGAGCCACGCAGUGGAGCUCGCACUGAAGUGUGGUGCAAUCUAAUCUGAAUCUGUGCUAAUAGAAUCCUAGUUUUCAUAGUAAAAGCGAAUGCUUUCUCUUGAAUUUACCAAACAUAAAAUUGUGGUGCAAUUAUAAACAGAAAUCUGUAAAAUACAAACGGAAUGUUUACGUCCGAAUCGUUUAGCUUGAGCUAUAUUAUCGAGCUCUUGGUACACUUGAAUACUGAUAUUUUCACAUACCAAGAAAGGGUUUGAAGUAACAUUGAAUGGAUCCGAAAAUGAUAUUACCAAAUGAUAUUAUUAAAUGAUAUUAUUAUUAUUUUAUGAUAUUAGUAAUGAUAUUACUUUCCUAAAGAGGAAAGUUAUUUUAUUUUGUUAUCAAUAGAAGAUUAAAUCAAAUAUUGUUUCUUUAAUAAUUAUAAUUUAAUAGUAGGAAUUUCUAAAGUACUUUUCCAGACAUUUAUUCAUUAAAUAUAUUUUUCACUUAUGCCACAAAAAAUACUUAUAUCCAUCAAGUAAUAAUGUCUCUAUUGGUUAUUAAAAAUGUAUAACGUUAAGUUUUUAUCAGUUAAAUGUUUCACAUUAUUAUAUCGGUAUACUUUAUUACUCACAAAGGCACAAGCCAACAUAUUCUUUAGUAAAGUAUUUAUGAAUGGUUUUAAACAAGGAUAAAUAUUUAUCCAGAAAAAACCUACAACCGUAAAAUUUAUAUAAGUUAUAAAGUUUAUAAUUUAAAAAUUUAAUAUUAAAACGUAAUAGAUAUUUAUUAACAAAACUUUCAUAUAUCUUUCAUUGAGGAUAAGAAAUCUAUAAAAACAAAAUUGAUUUGAUCAGGAUAUAGAGGAUUAUGAGAAUUAUUAAUAGUGGUACGUUAAAACGACGUCCUCAUAAAGGGAUAACUAUACCGAUAUGAAAUAUUUCUAUAUAUAUUAUUAUUGGUAUGCAUAUGAAUAAAACACAGGAAUUACACACUUUCAUUGAAAUGAAUUUCGUAACGUAAUAUUUUAUUACAUACGUUUCCUCAAUACCAUUAUGUAAACGUUCACGUAUUAAUACUCAGCCGUUUUUUCUUAGAAUUGGCUACAAGUAUAAAUGUAUAUAGUUACUUAUCAGGAUUUAUUUUUAUAUUAGAGUUAACUCUGAAAUAGAAAAAAUAAUCCAAAAUCCUAUUGCACCAAUUUUAUGUAUGUAUUUAAUAAAUAUUUUUACUUUUAAUGGUUCAAAAAUUAAAGAACUACAUUAUUUGUUAACAAGUAAAUCAAAACCAAACACAACUAAUUGAUUACUAUUGUUUUCAUCUGGUUUCACUAACUUAAAGCUGUGUACAUACAACCACGAUUUUACCUGUAGUAUGGAAUUUGCUUGUAUUGUAUACGGCAGAAGUAGGGUAGCUGAUAGACUGUAUUACCACUGGCUGUAGAGUUUAACACUGCCAUACUUGAUGGGUGCUUGUGUGCAGGAUGCUCAAUAUAUGUACUUAUCUGUACAUAGGCUAUACAUAUCGCUAUACACCAAUGUCAACUGCUUGUUUCUGGCCGCCACAUAUUAAACUGUUUCUAUUUAAUGUUAUAACAAUAAAUAUCGUUCAAUUUACCAAGGACAUUUUACUAAGUCAAUGACACCUUCUUGAUUACACUUUAUAAAUGAAAAUAAUUAAUUGUACAUAAUUUCUUAACCUUGGGUUUCUAAAACAACAAUGUUUCAUUUUAAAUAUUCAAAACAACACUGUUCACUGUAAUAUAAGUUAAUUAAUUAUUGCCGUGAUAAUUUAAGUGGAACGGUUCAAUUUAAUACGUUUUAUGGAAAGUAAAUGAUAAUGCAAUUAAUAUUUAAAUACUAAAGUGUUUACAUAUACCUUAAAUAGUUUUUAGUGAUUAAUGACUUACGUAGAGUAAAAAUGUUAGUGAUAAACGUUUAAAAGUACCUUUUUAAUGUAGAUGUAAAUAUAUAAAUGGGUUUUGUGUGUCAAUAAAUUAUUGUGUAAAUAUAUUAUAUUGUAUUUCGAAAUUAAAACAGUUUAUCCAAAAGAAGUUUAAUAAAUAUUGCUACAUGAAACUGAAAUUCUUAAAAUAUGUUCGUAAUUAUUCUUAAUUAAAACAGUUUAAUUUUUUGCUCAUGAACCACACUGUAUUAGCGAAUAACGUACAGUGUCGUAAAACAUAAUGUUAAUUUCUAUUGAACUACAUAAUUCGUAACGUACGCUUAUCAUGUAUGAAAAGUUUAAUGUGGUAUUAAAAAGUGAAAUAUUUUAAAUUAUAUUGUAUCAUACUGUUGUAUUUUUAUGAUAUAAAUAAAAGUUAACUUUAGGCUAGGCAUAUUUAAUUUGUUGAAAUCAUCUAUAAACUGUUGUUUCGAUUCAGGUUGGUCUAUUAAAAUGUUUAUUCCGAAAAUGAUAUUCUUGGACGAACGGUGUAAUAGUUGCUCUAAAUGAGAAACGCGUUUUAGUGCGGAAUUUGUAUCUCACUCAUUUGUACUGCACAUUUGUACAAUAUUAGGUAUUUAAUUUAAACACAACUUUGUUAAUAGCAGCAUUACAUUCGUAACACUCGUUUUUCAAGAUGUAUAUAUAUAUAUAUAUAUAUACAUAUAUAUAUAUAUAUAUAUAUAUAUAUAUAUAUAUAUAUAUAUAUAUAUAUAUACAUAUCACUGGAACCGUUUUAUACAAUAAUCCGUGCGCGUGAAUAAAAACUUAAUUCUAAUAUUGGUAGGAAACCUAUAUAUUUAAAUAACGUAUAAAACACCCAAUAAAUGGAGAUAGGUACACGUCAUGUUGGGACACACUAUAUAAUUUAACUUUUCAACUUCAAUAGCGCAUCAUAUUCAUGAUAAAUUUACAGAAAACUCGCGCCUUAAGUAUAUAUAUAUAUAUAUAUAUAUAUAUAUAUAUAUAUAU